UUAUACUUUCCCAUUCUUCCCCUGUCAGUCGACGCAACUACCUACGGUUGCUCGAUCUUUUGCACUUUGGACUACCAACGGCUCUGCUAGCUCUCUGCCCGAACUUGCCAGCUGGAAACAUGAGUCUCAGGUGAACGACAGUGUCUUCCCCACGCAGUUUCGUUGCCUUGACUGGAUUGGACGUGCUUGCGCGCUGUCCGAAGACUUCAAAAGAUUCCUUUUAUGUCAACCACACGGGAAGCCCAGCGGACGUAUCACGCACCGAUGAGUCGAUUACUAGCAGCAGCACUUGUGUGCUGCCUUUUCUUACAGGAAGCCACUGCUUUCUAUCUCCCUGGGGUGGCUCCGUCAUCAUACUCGGCCGGCGAUCGCGUUCCACUUACUGUCAAUGCUUUGACUCCUUCGAUAUCACGGCGCGAUGAGCAAAUCCACGCCGUUGUUUCCUACGACUAUUACCAUCCAGCUUUCCACUUCUGUCGACCGGAAGAAGGCCCAAAGCCAGUUCGGGAAUCUCUGGGAAGCAUUAUCUUUGGUGACCGUAUCCAGACCUCACCUUUUCAGUUGUUCAUGGGCCGGAAUGAGACAUGCAAGACGGCCUGUGACAGCACAGAGUUGGACGACAGAUCGGCAAAAUUUGUCAAUACAAGAAUCCAGGAGGCAUACAAUGUCAACCUUCUCAUCGAUGGUCUGCCGGCUGCGGAAUUGAGGGAAGAUCCUAUCACCCACGAGCAAUUCUCGAGUCCAGGUUUUCCCCUGGGCAAGGUGCAAGAAGACGGGACAAAGGUGCUACACAAUCAUUGGGACAUCAUAAUCGACUAUCAUAAGGCGGGUCUUCGAGGUACAAAAUAUCGUGUGGUCGGCGUCUUGGUCCAGCCACAAUCCUAUGCCCGUUCAAAACCCAUCGGUCAGGGGAAGGCCGACUGUGCCGUUGACUCUGGCCCACUUGUGCUGAAUGAGAACGGCAACACCCCUGUCACCCACACAUACAGUGUCUACUGGCGCCCUUCGGACACUGCCUGGGCAACCCGCUGGGACAAGUACCUUCACAUCAUUGACCCCAAGAUCCACUGGUUCUCCUUGAUUAAUUCGGCCAUCUUUGUCGUCUUCCUCGUCGGCAUGGUUAGCACAGUACUGGUGAGAGCUCUUCACAAGGAUAUCGCCAGAUAUAACCGGCUAGACAACAUCAACCUGGAUGAUCUGUCGGGCACAUCGGCCGUGGAAGACGACAUCCAAGAAGAUUCCGGAUGGAAACUGGUACACGGGGACGUGUUCCGUAGCCCUCGUCAUAUCCUCAUGCUGAGCGUUCUGCUCGGGAACGGAGCGCAGCUUUUCGUCAUGACAGGGGUGACUGUUGCGUUUGCCAUGCUCGGUUUCUUGUCCCCGUCAAAUCGUGGAUGGCUCACCUCGAUCGGUCUUCUCCUGUACACGCUCUUUGGGUGUAUCGGCGGAUACGUUUCUGCCCGUGUAUACAAGACUUUUGGCGGUGAAAAGUGGAAGCUUAAUAUUAUGCUGACACCGUUGUUCGUUCCCGGUAUCGUCUUUGGGGCAUUCUUCCUCCUCAAUCUUUUCGUCUGGGCGAAAGGCUCCAGCGGAGCGGUGCCCUUUACGACCAUGCUGGCGCUCAUCGCGAUAUGGUUUCUGAUCAGCGUUCCUCUGAGUGUGGCCGGUUCAUGGUAUGGAUUCCGACAGCCGGCCAUCGAACCUCCGACACGGAUCAAUCAGAUUCCAAGACAAAUACCACCAGUUGGACGAUCACUCCGGCCGUUGCCUUCUCUACUUCUUACCGGCAUUCUCCCAUUCUGCGCCAUUUUCGUGGAGCUGUACUUUAUCAUGACCUCUCUAUGGACGAGCAAGAUCUACUACAUGUUUGGAUUUCUGUUCAUUUGCUAUGGGCUGAUGGUUCUUACCUCGGCAUGUACAACCAUCUUGUUAGUGUACUUCCUGCUCUGUGCUGAAGACUACCGCUGGCAAUGGAGGGCGUUCUUCGGUGCUGGGAUGACCGGAGGCUAUGUGUUUCUGAAUGCUUUGGGAUUCUGGGCGACCAGAGUCAGCUUUGGGGGCUUGACGGGUGCAGUCCUCUAUGUCGGCUACUCUGCGCUCAUCAGCUUCUUGGUGUUUGUUUUAACCGGGACGAUCGGAUUUUUCGCAUCAUAUGCGUUCGUGCACCGGAUCUAUAAAUCUAUCAAAGUCGACUGAGACCGCAGCAGAGUUCUCGAGCUUCACCAAGAUCUGGGUCGUCGUGGUCUCGAAGUUGUAUUUACAUGCCGACAUCCGGACACCGCCGCCGGAAUGGAGGCCGUUCCGCAUAAUUAUAUACUUUGCCCGAACAAAAAAGUAUUGUUACACCCAUAGCGCGGCAGGAGCCUGUGCUCAGGUACCUAAUAGUAGUCAGACCAGGCUUGACCUUGAUAGGAAGAUGCAGGUACCAUCUGACGGGCAAAGCUUAAACAACAAUAGUCCCGCUUACGUGGCCUGGUUUGGCUGGGGGCCGCUCCGAAAAGCAGUUCGCCCGACAACAUGGUACUGUAACAACGGCCAAGGAUGCUGUGGUGCCCGUUGAAAUGCCUGUGCGUUUCUCGCAUCUACUAGUACCGGCCUCCUACCAUAAGGUAGUAGGCAACAGGUACGGCGGGUACUAUUGUAGUAAGUCACUCCGUGGAAGACUUGCUGCCUACACUGUAUACAACUAUAAGCCGAAUUACAGAACAGCGAGAUGAAGUGCAAAUCCAACUUGUCAAUAUCUCUAUUUCCAAGGGUUCCUGUGGACGGCACAGGCAACUCCAUUGAUCAACAGCAGGCUAAUGUCGAACGGUUUACUCAGACGGCUCACACGGAACUGGAAGGAUGAUCUUCAACGAUAUUCACGUUCCUGCCCACGGCAGGUUCCACAGCCCAGAAGGGCGUUGCAAAACAGCUGCAGCGCAGUGCAGUGCUACCUUGACGUGAUGUAACAGAGCCAUGCAGGCAAUGCCCGGGUCCACACUGUAUCUCUGUUGCAGUGUGCUGCAGUGCGACAAUGGACUGCCAGUGAGUGGGUGGCCUUCUCAAUUAUGAAGUUCUCGGUCAAAGUAAAGAAACGCUUUUACUCGGUUAUAUACUAGAGAGAAUACCUUGGGCUUCUAGUGGCAUUGAUAGUGGAGUGUGCCUGGAGUCGAUGAUAAAAAGAUCAAAAACAAUGCCACUGCUACUCGUUGUUGUUAUGGAGAGGCCGAGCGGGUGGAUACAACUACGUACUACUAACACAGGAACUUUUGGGCACUAUCACGCAGUUGGUAGGUGCGGCAUGGACAUACAUAGGCUACGCUGGAAGACACCCGGUUGCUUAACAAAGACCUACUCUAUUA